UCUGCUACUUAGUUUGCCCUGCAGUCAGCCUGGUCUGCCCUCAGAGGAAAUACUGCCUGCAGGCUACUCUGUCAACACCAAGGCAUCAACUUCACAAUGAUGCCUGGCACCACAACAGGCAAGAAGCUGGAUCUCUCCAAGCUCACAGAUGAGGAGGCCAAGCAUGUUUGGGAAGUCGUCCAGCGUGAUUUCGACCUGAGGAAGAAAGAGGAGGACAGACUUGGUGACCUAAAGACCCAGAUUGAGAAAGAAGACACCAAGAGAGAGUUGUUGGGCAACCAGAGCAGCCUGACUGAGUCGCACUGUAUACGAUGUCUCCAGCCCUUCAAGUUCCUGGUCAACAGCAAGCGUCAGUGUCUGGACUGCCAGCUCUACAUCUGCAAGUCCUGCAGUCUCUUCAACAAGAAGGAGCAUGGCUGGGUGUGCAAUCCCUGUCGCAUGGCCAGGGUCCUCAAGAUCGGUACUUUGGAGUGGUACCAUGAAAACGUCCGUGCCCGCUUCAAGCGCUUCGGCAGUGCCAAGGUGAUGCGAUCGCUCUUCAAGAGGUUGAGCGGAGAACGCAGCUGCUCUCAGAAUGACCUUGAAGAGCCUCGUGAAUAUGAUACACAGAGCAUGCCGGAGGUCCACACAGAUGGAUAUGAGGAGCACAGUAUGGAUGCAACAGAUUCACAACACUACAAGGGGAUGAAAAAGACCAAAAGGCGGCUAACUGUCGAUCCCAUUGAUUUCCAACUGGGCUGCGACUACGUCAUCGAAUCAAGAGGACGGAAAAAUCAGGCCCCAGUCUCCCAUGACAUCAUGGACAUGGAUGUAGGUGAGAGGGAGUCGAUGCUUGCUGAGGCUGACAUGGCCUCUGUUUUCCACCAGUUUUUGGUGGAGCAACGCAAAGGUCUGGACCUGGGAAUGGCUCCACAGCAAGAUGACCUUGCGUACCCAGACAACCAAACUUUUCCAUCCCGCUCCAUCUCCCGACUCAGCUACUCCUCAUGUGGCAGUGGGAGUGCUUGGGGCCCCCAGGGCAGCAGCAGCUUUCUGCCCGGCCCUGAAGACUCAGAGGAGGAUGACCACUGUCAGCACUACCCUCUCUACCAGUCCCAUCUGAGCCCCUGCAGCCACACCUCCCAGGAGAGCCUUAACUCACCAAACGCUCCACCACAGAUCACUGACCUGAACAGACGCAUGUCAGCCAUUGAGACCCUUUUGAACCAUUUGGAGCAGACGGUCACCUCAACAUACGAUGAGACCAGCCAGGCUCCUCUGACUCCAAACAGCACCUCUCCUCUCCCUCAGUGUGAGGAAGUGGACUUAGAGGAGCAGCAACUGAGACAGAAGCUGCACGAGAUGACGGACAACAUUAGCGACCACAGCCUAACCUCUGAUGAGGACGAGCCCAACGGACCACAUUCCUCCCAAGAGAUCCCAGCGUGGAGGAGCCCAGAGGGGGAUGCCAAGCCCACCAGAAUACCCACCAGACCCACAUCCAGAACGAGCAUCGUUCUCUGCAGACUUGAGGAAGAGCAGCCUCAGCUGACCGACUCUCAGAAGGCAAACCAGUCAACAGAGAGCCCGGAGGGCAAGUGUCUCCCCCUAAAGGAGGGGUCAAAGGCAAGCUUCAAAGGCUCAACAGCCUUACUGGUUGAGCUGGAGGACCAGGUAGCUCAAGCAGCUGCCAACGUCCAGAACGCCCAGAGUGAGGUAUUUUACAUAGAGGACAGAAUUGCUGCCCUGGGCGCUGCCGGCAUGCAAGUGGAUAAAAGAAGAAGGUCUGCAAUCCCGAUCCAAGCAAGAAGACAUUCCCACAUCUUUCCCACAAGCCAGGUGGACAGGUUUGUGAGGAACUCCUUCUACAGGGGCUCCCUGACACAGAGGAACCCAGUGGCCAAGCCCAAGACCAGGGCUCUCUGUGCGAAACCGGUAAUGACGCAGGGCUCAUGAGACGGAGGCUGAGCAUCAUAUGACCACAUGUGUUAUUGCUGUUGGUGAUAAACUGAAAUUCAGCUGGGAAUGAAAGAGAUUCCUAAUUCAAUUUCAGAGACUGUCAACAGGGAUGGUAGUGCUUACAUUUAUAUUUAAAAGUUUCCCUGUGAUGUUGUUAUGUUAUUUUACUGGAUUAGAUCCGUACCGUAAACUUGCAAGUUGUCUUUGCCUUAAUGCACAAAAGCAUUAACAUUUGCUGUUUUAAUCUGAAAUCUAGUUAUUUAUUCCACUGUUUACACGGUACAAAUGAAAACAUUGAAACCAAAUUAAAAUGUUUCCAGAUUAAAGCAACAUUUUAAAUUAUGCUAUUUGCAGACAGUCCAAAAGCUGUGCAAUCACAAACUACAACUCAAGAAGAAAGAUCAAAAUUUGAAUGAUAUCAUAGCAAGUAAGCCUCAGGCGGCAACAUCCGGUUCUGAAAAGUGAAGCCAAUGCGGAAGUACCUUAAACUUGCAUUCUCUCUAACAGCCAGCAGGGGGCGACUCCUCUGGUUGCAAAGAGAAGUCUGAUGAGAAAGUGAGCCUAUACUUCUCACUUGAUUUAUUACCUCAGUUAACAUUGUAAACCAACCCGGUCGCCAACAAUUUUUUUGGCAUUAGACAUUUCUCCAAACCACAGAUACGUUGAAUGGCGACGUUUCUGAAGCAAAAAUACAUUUCAUAAAUCCGUUUCAUAUCAGCCUUGUAUCACGCUUGCAGAAAUGCAAUGCCACGUGGUUUACGCUGUGAAAUGAUUGGUUAGGCUAAGGCAACAAAACUAUUUGGUUAA